AUGGAUGAACCGAAUUUGGUUAAUGUACAUUACAUUAAUAAGAAUGUAAAAGCGAAAAAUGAAAAAAGCGGAAUGAUUAACAUUAAGCGAGAACAAAGUAAAACAAUAUCAGAAAAUAAGUAUGAAGGAAGAGCAGGAGGAGGGAGCAAAAAAGAGCAAUAUGGAGGUAUAAAGGAAAAUGAAUUAAAUAGUGGACGAAAUAGCGACGGAACAAAGGUACAAAAAGCAAAGACUGAGUUUUUCAAUACGAAUAAGAAAAUGGGAACAGAUAAUAAAGAGGAUAUAAACGCAAGUAUAAAGAAACUCAAUAAAAAUAUUUAUUUAAAUGUAAUUGGAAGUAAUGAUUAUGCUAACAUGUACAUGGAUGGGGUAAGUAAGAAAGAAAAGGUUAAAGGGUACAUAAAAGGGUAUACUAUAACGGAUGAUAGAGCUUAUGCUGAGGGUAAUUCCAGAGCAGACUCCUUAACAGAUUCCACAGCUUGUGUUAAAGUAGGAGUCAAAGCAGAAAGCAGAAUGGAUUAUUGUAGAGAAAAUAAUGAUAGACAGAAUGUUCUGCAAGGGGAAGAAGCGAAGAGUCAACGGAAGAAGGAAUUUUCUUCCGAAUGGUUUAAGGGGAAAAGUUUUAAGAAAAAAGAGCUAAAUGAGAUGAAAAAAAAAAAAAAAAAAAAAAAAAGCAAUGAAGAUGAUGACGAUGAUAAGUAUAAUGGUGGUAAUAAUCGAAGUAGUGGUAAUAAUCGAAGUAGUGGUAAUAAUCGAAGCAGUGGUAAUAAUCGAAGCAGUGGUAAUAAUCGAAGCAGUGGUAAUAAUCGAAGCAGUGGUAAUAAUCGAAGCAGUGGUAAUAAUCGAAGCAGUGGUAAUAAUGAUAACAAUGGAAACUAUGAUAACAAUGGAAACUAUGAUAACAAUGGAAACUAUGAUAACAGUGACAGCUUCUCUCCCAGAGGAAACAACAACUACUCAACUAGCGUGGACAUAGAAGAGGAGUGCAAAUUUAUGGAGGACUGGGAAGUUACGCAGAGGAAAAUAUAUGAUCCCACAAUAGGAUUACGUAAGCAUUAUACCAAUGAGUUAUUAUCUUGUGGGGAAAAAAAUAAUAUAAGUAUAUUAGAAAAAUGGUCAUCCAUGAUUAAUAGAGAUAUAAACUGGUUUAUUAAGACACAUAGAACAACAUAUCUAAGAAGAGUAAAAAGGGGUAUUCCUCAAAAAUAUCGAUGGAAAAUAUGGUUUCAGAUAACUAAUAGUAAAAUUUUAUUAAAUAAAUUUCAAAAAAAAUAUUAUUAUAUGUCAAAGAAGAAAUCGAAUUAUACAAAUUUAAUAUUAAUAGAUAUUUCAAGGACUUUUCCUGAACUGUUAAUAUUUGAUAAAUAUGCACAACAACAGUUAUUCAGAAUAUUAAAUGCAUAUUCAAAUUAUGAACCAUCAGUUGGAUAUUGUCAAGGGAUGAACUUUUUAGUAGGUCUUCUUUUAAUAGUAAGUAAUUUUAACGAAUUAGAGACUUUCUGUGUCUUAGUUAGUUUAAUGGAAAAUUAUCAUUUGAAAAAUUUCUAUAAAGAAAAGUUUCCUCUACUAAAUCGAUUUAUAUAUGUAUUUGAGAAAAUGUUAGUCUGUGAAAUACCUGAUUUAGUUGAACAUUUUAAUAGUGAAGAGGUUUAUCCACCAGUAUAUUUACAUCAGUGGUUACUCACCUUAUUUAUAGCUAGCUUACCUAUUAAAAGUGUAAUAGUUAUAUGGGAUUAUUUGUUUAGUACUAGUAUAAAAAUGAUACUAAUUAUUUCAGUUGCUCUAUUGAAAAUAUUGAAAAGCUAUUUAAUGAAACAUAAAUUUGAAAAAAUUUUAAAAUUGCUUAAAUCUUUGAAAUAUAAUGAGAGUAAUGAUGAUAUUUUAAUAGCAAAACUUCUCAUCAAGAAGUCUGAAUCGGUUAUACUAAACAAUGAAAUUACUUUCCUUUUUGACAACAUCGAACGGGAGGAUAUCCCCUUUGACGGGCAGUACAAAUUUGUUAUAGAUGAUAUCACUACUUGCCACUUCAACCACGUAGUCGAGCAAGUCAAUGGCAGUGGAGGAAGUGCGAACAAUUUAGGAAGUGGUAAUAACUGUGGAAGUGGAAAAAACGAUAGAAGCGAAAACAAUAAUAGUUCCAUUAAUAGUGGCAAGAAAGAAGAAAUGGGGAAUUUCUCUAAAGCUACCAAGGAGCGGAACUUGGUAGACCUGGACGGAGUGCCUUUGCUGAACUUUUUUUCGAAUAAUGUUCUUAAAAAAAAAAGAAACAAAGAAGAUUUAGGAAAAGAAGGAGGAAAGGUAGACAAGCAGGAGGGAGAUGAGAAGGAGGAGAAGGAGUUAAGACAAACGCACACUUAUCAACAUAAAGGUUCAGAGGAGACCCAGAAUGGAAGAAAUUAUAAUAAUGUAAAUGCCUUUUAUUAUAAAAUUUUAUGUAAUCAUGAAAAAAAUGUAAAGAAUGAGAAUACAACACCAACUAGCCAAAAUAGUAGUAAUGAAUCUGGUAAUGUGUUUUUCAUUAAUUCUUCUAACGAUAUGAACAGUAGUGAUAUGGCUAAUUUGUGUGAAGAGACUACUACGAAUAAAGUGGGAACAGGUAAUGCACAUUACCAGGAUGCCACUAGUCGCUGUGAAAAGCAUAGAAACAAUAAUAAUAAUAAUAAUAAUAAUAAUUCUAGCAAUAAAAAGCUGUUUAAAAAUAAAGAGUUCAACUCCUUACCUUUAAAGGAAUCUCUUUCUUCCAAAGAUCAUCCUAGGUUUAACAGGGAUACCAGUGGUUACGAUAAGCACAUGGAAAAUUACAACAAAUGUUAUAGUAACAGUGAAGGAGAACGGAAUAACGCUCCUGAACAUAAGGAGGAUGAUGAAGUUAAAAAGAAUAAUAAUGAUUGUAGUAUAAGAAAGGGGAAAAAGAAAAAUUUGGCGCUUGAUCAGAUUUAUUCCAAGUCCUUCAAUAGUAAAAAGAGCAAUUAUUACAAGGAUAUUGAUGCAUGUUUUGAUAACGAGUAUAAUAAACGUAAUAAUAAUACACAGAAUAGUAGUAGUUUAGAAGGAAUCGUAACCAACCAUUUUAAACAAGGAUUGAAAGACGACAAGAAUAAAAGUACAAAGAAUAUAAAGAAAUGGCCUAUAUUUGAUAAUUAUAUAAGUGAAGAUUCAUGCAAAUUUAAUAUUAUAACAAAGACAACAAGUAAUGAUAACAGUUUGUCAUACCACGAUAGUUAUUGCUACCCAGAUGAGGGUAUCAGCUACCACCCCUAUAAAAGCGACUCCUUUGCAGAGUUCUGCUUGAAGAAGGAAGUUAACGACGGAAAUGUAAACACAAAUGUGGAUAGAAAUGCAUUUAUAUGUGAAAAAAAGAGCGCGAACGUAGGUAUAAACGCGGGCACAAUCACGAAGAGAGAUACAAAUAAUGAGUAUCCAUAUUGCACAGAUGGCAGGAGGAGGCAUGACAAGGUUUCUAAAGGAAGAAGUGGAGGUUAUUCCGAUGGGGAAAGCAAAGAUCAGUAUGUUCGUAGAAAAAGCUCGUAUCUGAAUGCACAAGAUGAGUAUAUAUUUGGUAAUUAUAUUAGUCGAGGAAAAGAAAGAAAAAGUCUUACAGGAAGCUUAAAAAGACAUGCUUAUUAUUUUGAAAAACAUGGAAGUAAUAAUGAUGAUAAUAAUAAUAUGUAUUUGGAUGAUGAAAAACAUAUUGAAAAUUUAAUAUCAGGAAGGAUGAACAAGUUUGAAAGAGAAAUGAAUGAAAGGGAAGAAAAGGACAUAUAUAAUGCCAAGGAAUUAAGGAAUGCAAUAGAAAAGAACAAAAUGAAGAAGAAAAACAAAAGUGAAUCAACAAAAGCAUUACUUUUACAUGAACAAGAAGAUGAAGAAGAUCAAGAAUCAAUUUUAAAUAUUUCGCAAUACAUUAAUCAGGAUGAUCAGGAACAAAAAGAGAUGAACACAGAAAGCAAUGGACUAGGUAUAUUUAACUUUAUUCAUUCGUAUGCAAAGGACAACAGCUGGUUUGAUAUAACGUCUAUUAAUAAAUACUAUCGAUUUAACAAAAGUAGCAAUGACCUGGAGCUUGAUGAUAUAAAUUAUAGUCAAAAGAAGGACUGCAGUGAUAAUGAUAAGUUGGACGACCAUAACAUGUUUUAG